GAGCGAAGUUGCGAUAUGUAUAUAUUUUUGUUUCCUCUCCUACCCCUUUGUUUACGGGUCGCGAUAGGUGUUGCUGUCGCAUUCAAUUUUUAAUUCUGAAAAAAACUGCGACGGGAUUGUUAGUUGUUGACAUUAUUUCCGAGUUCUCCACCCAUCUCAGGAACUGAUCUGGUUUCUGAGUUUAUCUCCGUGAUUGUUUUGGUGUGUCGGGAUGUCGAGAACUGAGGCUCGGGCUAAGAAUCCUCUUGCUGGUGGCUUGAAGCCAAAACCAAGCAGUUCUCCACAUAUGGCAGUCUCCAUGAAAAAUGUUGAUUCAGCUUUUCAUGGAGUUGGGCAAAAAGCUGGACUGGAGAUAUGGCGUAUUGAGAACUUUUGCCCAGUCACUGUACCAAGUUCUUCACAUGGAAAGUUCUUCACUGGAGAUUCAUACAUAGUUUUGAAGGUAUUUUGCUAA